CGCUGGGCGGCUUCACUGUAGGAUUGAGCGUGGUUCAGUGCGAAACUCCUACCACUUCAUCCUGAGGAGGGGAUGGGGUCAAUACGGAGACUGCUCGUUGCUGUCCACGCUUCAGCUUUUCACAUUACUCCCCUCAUCAUUCUCGAGUGACUUUGCGACAUUUUCAACUCGUGUUGAAGUUUUAAAAAGAAGCAGCCGGGGAACAGUGGAGAAAACUCGCUGGAUACUGCCACUUUGAUCGUGCCUCAGUUUGGGACUGCUUCAGUUUUUGUUUUCAAGCGAAACCGGUUGGGAGGGAAAGCCGAAAAUAUAUACAUAUAAAGAAACAGAGAAAAAAAAGUUUGAGCAAGUUCCAGGUGGGGGUUGAUGUUCCAGGCGAAGCCCGGGGAACUCGGAUAAAGAUGAAGACCGCCUCUUGUGUGAAGGUGGCUGUCCUUCUCUUGUUUCUGGGGACCUUGGAUGGAACUGACCCCGACUGUCAGGAAGUCAAGAAAGUUUUCCAGCGGCGACAGAUCGGCCCGUCCAGGUGGCUGCCAGAGAGCCCCAGGCCAGGUUCUGAUCUUCAGGUGUGUACAUCAAAGGAUCUAACAUGCUGUACAAGAAAAAUGGAAGAGCGAUACCAAGCAGCAGCUCGUCAAGACAUUCAAAAUUUGCUUCAAACAUCCAGUUCAACAUUGAAAUUUUUAAUAUCACGCAAUGCAGCCACUUUUCAAGAGACAUUUCAGAAUAUCAUUCGGCAUGCAGAGAAUAACACCAAGAUGCUGUUCAGAACGACCUACCGGAAUAUGGCCUUCCAGACAGUUGCACCAAUUCAAGAGCUCUUCACUGAUGUUGCACUCUUUGUUUUUGGCUCAGAGAUGAAUGUUGGUGAACUUGUUAAUAGAUUUUUUGAUAGUCUCUUUCCAUUGGUUUAUAAUCACCUAAUCAAUCCUGCCCUCACUGACAUCUCCUCAGACUUUGCAGAAUGUGUGCGGAUGGCGAGGAAGGACCUAAAUCCAUUUGGUAAUAUUCCAAAAUUAAUAAUAAAUCAAAUGUCGAAAUCUCUAAUGGCUAGUCAUAUGCUCCUGCAGGCAUUAAAUUUAGGAAUCGAAGUCAUCAACACAACUGAUCACUUACAAUACACUAAAGAAUGCAGCAAAGCUCUGCUGAAGAUGCUAUUCUGUUCCCAUUGUCAUGGAUUGACUAAUGGUAAGCCAUGCAUGGGCUAUUGCCUGAAUGUGAUGAGAGGAUGCCUUGCAGCCAUGGCAGAAAUUGAUCCACACUGGCGGGAGUAUAUCAGGUCGCUGGAGGAACUGUCAAAUGGAAUACAGGGAACUUACGAUAUAGAACAAGUUUUGCUGAAUCUCCAUUCGUUAGUGAAUGAUGCGAUUAUGAAUGCUCAAAUCAACGGGCCAAAAUUGUCAGCAAUGGUAAAUAGAGCCUGUGGACAUCCUGUUCGAAAGCCUACUCAAACUUUGGAUCAUCAACCAGAUCCUUACAAUGAUAAACCUGGGCUGAAAAUCAUUCAUAAAGAAGAUGAGGAGACAUUAUCCAGCAGGAGAAAAGAGUUCAUCAAUAGUCUGCGAUUAUACAGGACUUUAUAUGGUGGAUUGACCGAUCAAUUGUGUGUCAAUGAUUUGGCAGCUGUUGAUGGAUUAACAUGCUGGAAUGGAGAAGAUCUCGUGAAUAGCUAUACAUAUCAAGUGGUUGGCAAUGGCAUCAAAGCUCAGUCAAGCAACCCGGAGGUGAAAGUGAAAGGAACUGACCCUGUCAUAAGUCAGAUCGUUGAUAAACUGAAGCACAUCAAUCAGAUGCUGCAGGGAAAAGUGAUCCCCAAGUAUGAGCAAUGGCAUUCAGCAGAAAAAGGCAGUGGGCAAGUAGAUCACGAUGACAUCCAGGUCAGUGGAGACUGCGAUGACGAGGAUGGUUGCAUUGGAUCAGGAAACGGAGAAGUGAAAAAAUCUUUCAAAGCGUCUGAAUCAGGGGUCCAUGAUAAGAACAGUUGGCACAAUGCCGUUCUCGAUGACAUUGAUGCAACCUCACAGACAGAAGAUGAUACGUAUUCAAAUAAAUCUGGUACAGGAUCCCAGCACCUGAUUGGAAAUGCUAUGGUUGCUCUGAUCAAUUUAGUGGUUUUGAUUCUUUUUUGGUAAAGUCACAUCUUUCUAUUUUUUUUUUACCUAUUCCUUUUAGUUAAAUAAUAGAAAACAGCAGCAAUGCAGAGAAUAAUGGCAAUGAUGUACUUUAGCUUUUGCAAUAUUAUUUGUUUCAAUUCUUUUAGUUUAUUGAAAAUGUGCUACAAAUGGAGAUAUGUUACUAUCAUUUAUUUUUAUAACAAUGUUCCACAACGGUCAGCUUCAUACACAUCUUUUUCCAUUCUUGUUGCUGAAGUGUGUAGAUAAUAUGGGUCAACUUCCUGAUUUGAAAAGGCAGAAGCCCAAGUUGGAAUUUUAUCUUUUGAGAAUGGGAUAGUGAUGGAAACAUUGAAAAUAGGAGCAGAAGUAGCCUAUUCAGCCCUUCAAGCCUGGUCUGUCAUUUAAUAUGACCAUGGCUGAUCAUCCUGUUCUUGCUUUAUCACCAUUACAUUAAAUCCAAUUAGCCCGAAGAAGCUAACUGCAACUUGAAACAAUUCAAUGUUUUAACCUGAACCACCUUCUGUGGCAGAGAAUUGUACAGACUCAUCAAAUCUGGUGAGGAAUUUUCUUAUCAAAGUCUCAAAUGGCCCAUAUUAUUUGACUGUGACCCUUUAUUCUGGACAGUGUGACAGGAUAUAGUCAAAAUGCUAUAUACAUCUCCUUAAGAGGACAUGGAGAACAUUUAUCAGCAUCCCCGCUGUCGCAGAUAUUUGAGUUUUACUGACAUGGUUGAGGAGUCACCCUCCACAGCAGGAGAACCCCGAGAGGAACCCCCAUAUAUAGAAGGCAGCUAUUCCUCCCUCACAGGGCACAGAAAACUGAGGUAGAUGAGGAGCUGAUGGAGAUACCAGGUGCCUUGAGGCCCUCUUGCCUUAGCAAGAUGCCAUUAAGCUAUGGGCAAUGAAAUGGAAUGCAAUUCUAUGCACUUUUCUAGUAUCUGCCAACUGGUCUGCUGGAAAUAUCUCCAUACAAGAGUCACCAGUAUCACUGUCCCACCUAGGAUUUCCUCUGGGCUCUUUGUCAGAUCUCAUAUCUCACCCUGAACAUCAAACAUCUGUUGCCUCAUGAAUGAUUUCAGAGAGUCAUCAGCAUGGACUUGGUCCCCCACCUUCUCUAACUGUCCAUGGUCAGCUAGCCGUGCAUGAGCGUGUUGCUCACACCUGGUUUUGAACCUAAAUCUAUUGCUGGCUGCACUCCCUCCAAGGAGUCAUACUGUAUCUGAGCUGGUAAAAGGAGGGGAAUACCGAUAUGACAGAGACUUCCUCAUUACUCCUCAAAAGUGGACAAAUGUUGCCAUAGAGUUGGCAGCUCCCUGAUCUAGUGAAUGACCUGUUUGAAAAAGCAGAAUGAUCAGACCUCUAGAUCCUAUGGACAGGAGUCCAGAGAGUUGAUUGCAGCUCAAGCAGGUCUUUAUUAGUUGUAAGCUGCAUCCAUUUCUCAUGCUGUUUUCUCUGUGGCCUUUCCUAACGUUCCUUCAUCUGAUGGUACAUCCACCUCACAUUAAGAUGGUUGCCCUUGUAUAUUUCCAGUUGUAGUGCCUUCCCCUCCUCUUUGGGAAUCAGGAUGGUGAUGAUCAAGGUUAUUCAACCAUCACUCUGGCAAUCAGAAACACGGAGGAAUAAUGUUGCUGACCACUGUAGAACAAACUCAAUGUUAAAUUGCAUUGCCUGAAUACUUCCGCGUAUCCAGCCAAUAACAUGCAUGUGAUGUUGGGCUAAUCUGGACCUGCCUGGCAAGGACCAGCAGUCCCUGGCUUAUUCCCCAUGGUAAAGCUGCAAGCAUUCUUUUCCCAGGAGAUCCUGCACUCUGUUCCCAUGAUCAUUGCCUGCAAGUGGUGUUGCAGUUCAGUUCUCCAGUAGUCUGAUAUCUGCUGACUUCCGUUGUAUUCCACCCCGAGUUUUGCUCCAAAUUAUAGAAAGGUUUUAGCACCGAAAGAAGCCAUCCAGCCUAUCAUGUCUGCACAAACCAAAUGGUUAAGUGGGUCUAGGCCUGAAAUGUCAGCUUUUGUGCUCCUAAGAUGCUGCUUGGCCUGCUGUGUUCAUCCAGCCCCACACUUUGUUAUCUUGGAUUCUCCAGCAUCUGCAGUUCCCAUUAUCUCUGGUUAAGUCACCGUAGUCUUUUUUUUUCUCAUUAGAGAGAGAGAACUGUUAGAGGUUCAACUUGAAAGUCACCAUGCCUCAGGCAAGGGGAGAGGUUGGUUAGGAGAGUACUUCAUGGUGACCUUAGCUAAUGCAGGAAUCAAACCCAUUCAGUUGGCAUUACGCUGCAUUGCAAAACAGCUGCCCAGCCAACUGAGAUAACUGACCCACGAAACAAACUAGUCACCCAUUCUAAUCUCACUUUCCAGCUCUUAGCCCAUAACCUUGCAAGUUACAGCACUUCAGGUACAGAUUGAAAUUCCUUUUAAACAGGUUGAGGAUUUUCACAUCACCUGCCAAACUGGGCAGCAAAUUCCAUGCACCUAUGGCCAUCAGAGUGAAAAGAAAUAUUUUCCUCAUGCCCCUGCUAAUCCUUCUACCAAUCACUUAAAUCUGUGUACCCUCCUGAUUGAUCUCUCUGUUAAUUAUGCACCUCUCCCUGUCCACUCCAUCCAAACCCAUUAUUUUGUACACAUUGAUUGUCACCCCUCAACCACCUUUGUUACAAGAAAACCAGCACUUAGCCUCCAAUGUUUCCUUAUCACUGCAAUUUUCAAACCAUGUUCUUUUAAAUCCUUUCUGCACUCUAUCUGGAGCAAUUUCUCUUGCCCAUAAUGUUGUGACAGGGACUGCAUAUACAUCUCAUGCUUUGAACCAUCCAGUGUGUUAUAUUGUGCCAGAAUUACAUCCCUGCUUGCUUAGGCUGUGAGGUUUCCUCCUCCUAUCUUUGAUGAAGAGGAACUGCCUGCUAACGCAGUGGUCUGGAGGAGAACAUGCAGGAGCUAAUAACUGAAUGGUGGGACCAUCCGAGUUCUGGUUUCCUCCACGCCCACACAUGGGUUCUGAUCACAUUCUGGUUGACCAUUGACAGUUGCUAAUAUGGCGUUGGCUAGGAAUCUGUAGUAAAGAAUUCCACAGAUUCCUCUGAGAGAAGAAGCUCCUUCUCAUCUCUGUCUCAUAUGAGCAACACCUUGUUCUGAGAUUAUACCCUGUGGUCCUUGACAUUUCUAAAAGUGGAAACAACCUUUCCACAUCUACUUUAUUAAGUCCUUGAAGAAACUUGUAUGUUUCAAUAAAAUCACCUCUUGUCCUUCUAUAUUCCAAUGAGUACAGAUCCGACCUACUCAGCUACUCUUCAUUGGACAAAUUGUCCGUACAUUCCUGGCAUCGGCCCUGUGAACCUUGUCUGGAAUGCCUCCAAUGCGAGAAUAGCUUUUAAUAUUGUCAUAUGUGCUUUAAUAUUUCCUUCAGAGAAAUGUGGUAAAAUAUGUCAGUAUAGGUGCAACUCGAUAUAAAGUUGUGCCAAAAGAAAAAUCAAAUAAUUGGCCAUUAUAAACAUUAUUAAUCUAAUUCAAAAAUUUCAAUGAUUUGAAAACAGCAAAAGAAUAAAAAGGUUAACGCUCAACAGCUGGUACUCCUCCAUGUAGCCCAGAAUGCAAUGUAUUUGCAUGUUUCAGAUCAUAUGUAAUGAAAGUGAAUUGAAGUAUUCCCACAAAGGACAUUUCCUAAACAUUCAGUAUAUCCGACUGGUGCAAAAGCAUUUUUCUAUUUGUCAAUUAAGCUAACCCCAAUUUAUCUUCUUCUUAUAUUUCUUUCUUCUUAUAUUUUAAUUUUUUCAUUACAGAGCUUCAGAAAAAAUACUGUAAUUAUCUGCACCGUGAAAUAAAUAAUGUUUUUUAAGGUUUUAAAGUGGAAUGUAAUCAAAUAAAACAUUUGAAGUAGUUAAUUGACAUUGUGUGUAAGAUGUACAAUCGAUCAGUUGGUUUUCAAAUUGCCUGUUGGCUCCAAUGAGUUAGGGACAGAGUGGGACAUAAAGCAGCACCCAGGGCAGUCUAUUUUGCAGCAAACCAUCAGCGCAAUUGGUUUCAAAAAGUCUCUGUGAGCUACACAAAUGCAACACUAUGGCAAUGUCUCCUGAUAGAGCAGGGUGAUUUUCCCUUGAUAGUAUAGUGACUGAAAUCAAUCCAGUUAAUGGAUUGUGGCUGACCAAGAAGCUAUCCAAACUUCCCCAUUCUGUCCAGUAUUACUGUUGUCGCUUCCUAUCAACACAAAUGUUUGAAACAACCUUUUUAAAAUGUUCAGACAUUUUAGCUGGAUUGAUACAUUGGUUUUUAACAAAAUAAUGGUUAUUUCAUUACAAUAAAUUAUUUGUUUGCAAUGGGUACAGAAAACUUUAAAACAAAGCUUAUGGUGUUCCAUUAAAUGUCAUUGUUGUAAAAUUUUAAAAAAUUGUAACCAGUCAAUGUAGUAGUCGAUAGAUGGAUCCAUAUUGCUUUUUACCUUCUGAUUCCUUUUCUUUACUAGUAUACAUGAAAUGUUAGUUUGUAUGCGCUUAUUUUAUCUUGAGUUACCAUUACACAGAAAAUGUUAAAAUUUUAAAUAACUUUGAAAGAUGACUGUUCCAAACUAUUUCUAUUUGCUAGGAUCAUCAGCUGCUAUAUAAAUAUGAAAACAUUGGUUUUAAUGGCUGAAGUAUCCAUUUUCUGAAAACUGAGCUUGCAUUUGAACAAGAAUAUUCCAUUCUACAAUUAUCUAUUGUUAAAUAUGAAGUAGCAUAGUUCUCAUUCAAAUGAAAUGUUGUGAGAAUAAUCAAUCUGAUAGCUGUGGUAAACAAAGAUUAUUUUUAAGAGUCUUACAAGUAUAAACUGGUCUUUCAGCCUACCAUGUCAAUGCCAACCAACGAAUGCUAAACUCUAGGUCUCCUUUAAACCAAUUACUCCUCACCCUAGCAUUAUGGCCUCCAAUCUUAGACAAGUCUGCCUUGAGAAAGAGAUUCUCACAAUCUCCUCUGUCCAUGCCUCUCAUAAUUUUGAAUACCUCAAUCAGAUCUCCCGUCAGUUUCCUCUGCUCCAAGGAAAACUGUCUCUCCGCAUAACUGAGAAUUUUCAUCCCAGGCAACAUCCUGAUGAAUCUACUCUGCAACCUCUCCAAUGCAAUACUUGUAAUAGUGCAGUGACCAGAACUGCAUGCAGUAUUGCAUCUGUGACCUAAUGAUGUUUUAUAAAGUUGUAACAAAACUUUCUUAUUUCUAUAUUCUAUGCACCAUCUAAUGAAGACAAGUAUGCCAUAUGCCUUCUUCACCACCUUGUAUACUUGUGCGGACACCUUCAGGGAUCUAUGUACACCAAGGUCCCUUCAUUCCUCAGUACUCCCUACUGACCUACUAUGCAUUGGAUUUAUCCUUCUAUUUUUAGGCCUCCUAAAAAGCAUUACCUAGUACUUAUCUGGAUUAAGUUCCAUUUACCAUUGUUCUGCCCAAUUUACCAGCUGAUCAAUGUCAGACUAUCGUCUGAAACCAUCUUCCUCACUACCAACACCACCAAUUUUCAUGUUGUCUGUAAAAUUAUGAAUUAUACCUAUUUCUUUCACAUCCAAGUUGUUAAUACCCAUAACUAACAACAAGGGUCCCUGCACUGAACCCUGCUGUCACUACUGGUGAGAGGCUUCUAAUUUGAAAACAACACUCCACCAUCACCCUUUGUUUCCUAUUUAUAAGACGGCUCUAGAUCUGGUUUGCCAACUUGCCUUGGAUCCCAUGGUCCCUUACCUUUCAGAUCAGCUUUCCGUGUGGAACGUUAUCAAAGGCCUUACUGAAGUCCAUGUAAGCCGCAUUAACUGCAGUACCCUGAUCAAUAUAUUUCACCAAUGUUUCAAAGAAGUCAAUUAAAUUAGUUAUCCAGGAUCUCCCUCUAACAAGUCUGUAUUGACUAUCCUUGAUCAAUCCCUAUCUUUCCAUGUGUGGUUAAUCCCGUCCUUCAGAACUUUGUUCAAUAAUUUCCCUUAUACUAAUGUCAGACUAACUGCUUGGUAAUUACCUGGAUUAUCCUGCUGCCCUUCUAGAAUGAAGGAAUCACAUUAACUAUCCUUUAGUCAUUUUACCCUUCACCUGUGGGCAGUGAAGUGUUAAAUAUAUGCCCCAGGCACCCAGAAAUCUCCUCCCUUGCAUCCCACGGCAGCCUGGGUACAUCUCAUUGGGCGGUAGGGAAUUAUGCACUUCUGUGCCUACUAAAACAUUUAAUACCUGUUCCUUAUUAAUCUUAAUAUGUUAUAGAACCUUACUGUCCCAACUGAAAUCCCCAACUACAAUGCCUUUCUCUGAAUGGGAUGAGAAGUCCACUGGCUUCAUGCACAGAUUACCACUUUGGUCUUUAACAGGUGCCAUACUUUCCCUGAUAAUCCUCUUUCUCUUAAUUUACUUAAAAAGCCUUGGGGUUUUCCUUGAUCCCAUCUGUCAAGGAUAUUUUGUGGCCCUUUUUUGCCUUCCUAAUUUCCUUUCUCAGCAAUCUCCUAUGAUCUUUAUACUUUUGAAGGGCCUCUGCUGUUUUUAUUGCACUGUACUUGAUAAAUGCUUUCUUCAUUUUCUUUAUCAGGUUCUUAAUAUCUUUUGACAUCCAGGGUUCCCUGGAUUUACUGCCUUUGCCCUUCACUCUUUGAGCAACAUGCUGGUCUGGUCACAAUGCUACUUUUAAAAGAAUCCCACUUUGCAAAAGUGGACUUAACUGCAGGUAUUUGCUCCAGUCUAUGUUUGCCAGUGCACUUUGUCAGAACAGGGAUAGUAAUUAUGUGGUCAAUCAUUUGACACAAUGAGUUUAUAGUUGUUAAAUGCAAUAAGUCUUAAGCCUCAAUCAGUAAGUAAAAAUGGCCUGGAUUUUCAGUCGGCAAGAUAGCUGUUAAUCCAAUAUAACAGGAUCCUGCAGAAUCCCCAUCAUAGCAGACUCCAAAUGAAUUGCCCAGGAAAUUGACGAUUCCACUUGGCAAUUCAAAUGUUCCUGGAAUCCUCUGAGAGUUCAGUUUAAACAGGAGAAUUGAGAUGGUUCUGCUGAAAUUGACUAAAUAGUUCUUAGGAGAAUAUUUCAUGCACCUUCUUAAGUCCUGAGUAGCUAUUCAAUACAUUCACACAAACCUAAAUAAAACUUUCUCAAACUGUUUUCAUCCCUCAGACCAUCACCUGCAAAGCAUCCUUUUGCUCCAGGAACCCAACACCGUGGCCUGCUCUGGACUCCACCUUCUCCCUCUGCCACCAUUCCAAUGCCACUUUUCCCGUCCUCCAGACCUGCUUCCUUCCCUAGCUCCAGACACAACACUCCACUUACCCUGCUCUUGAUUCAUAACCUCUACCUUCCCAUGUUUCAGCUUGACUGCUGUCCAUUUCUCUGCUGUGGACCCAACUCACUUGCACUCCUUGGGAACCUAGCCAUUCCUUUCCCAACCACCAGAUCAAACCACGCUCCCCACUCCACUGUAUGCACUCCCCAUGUUCCUCCAUCCAUGUGGGCCAAAAUAGCCCCGACCACACCAACCCACAAUAAGUACUGCAUCAGUUACCUGGCCCCCAUGUCACAUGCAGCCUUGCAGAUUUCCUCCGGCAUUCCACCUACUUGGCAUUCUACCCUCCCCCCAUGCCUUACCGUUGCGCCUAAACCCCUAUUUAGAUGCCUUUACCUACCCACUUAGCAUCAUGUCACUGGGCACCCUACCCUCCCAUCACCCAACCUUUGCACUUGUAUAAAUAUCCUCUGACAGCAGAUGUCAAAAUGUUUCUGAUUUGCUGAAUAUGUCAGCUGAUUACUGUGUAAAGGGAUUGGGGCAAACCCACUGGAAAAUCUGGCCCAAGAUCUCCACAAGUGAAGAUUACAUUCAGCAAGAAUGCAUUCAGCAAGUAGAGAGGUUAUAUGUUUGAUUUGGCGCAGUAAUUAAUUGCUGAGUAAAAUCAUACCAAUGAAACUAUUAUUAAGAAUAAUUGCUUAAUAUGCUUCACAUAGCAUUGAGAAAUUUGUUUUUUAACGAAUUGAUAUUGCAGUGAGAGAAAACUGGAUGACCAAACCAUGCGAUUAGUUUUGGUUGGUUGCAAAAAUUCCCCAAAUGCCUGAUAUGUACAUUGUGAGGUACACCUUGUUAUAUAAUUUAAUUAUGGAUCUUGGAAAGCCUUUGAAAACACUUUGUUGGACAUUCAAUGUAAAAUCCUUCUGAAUGAACCAGCCAGCAUAAAAGUUGAGAUCAACUGGUGAAGAUGACAAAGGAAUAUUUGUCUAUAGUUGUCUGUGAAUUGUGACUCAAGCAUUUGAAUGAGCUGAAUAGUCUGAUGGAGUGUACUGUCCUUGUUCAAAAUGGGAACAAAAAAGACAGAUUGGGAAUGCAUUAGAUUUGGUAGUAGUACACUUUUGGAGAUUAUUAUUCACUUUAAGUGACUGGAGUGAAUUGCAGCACAAUCCAAUGAGGGUUCACCAUGCCACAUGAAGAGAGGAGUUACAAAUGUCUGUUUCUAAAUUGUUAACAUGGAUAGCCUCGCUGAGAUUUUAGAAUUUAAAGGCCUCCUCCGUGGUAAAUUUUGGAGGCUGGGGCAUUAUAUCAGGAAUGAAUUUGAAUAGCUUCACACCCCUCUGCUCAAUAUGUCCUUUAAAAGGACAAUUAACAAGGGGCAGUUGUUCAAUGAAGCAGUUCAUCACGGCAAUUAGGGACGGGCAAUAUACAUACACAUCUCGCCAUAGAUAUCUACAUUCUCUGAUUGGCUGACAGUUCUUGAAGGGUGUGACCUAUCCUCUCCAGCGUCUAUCAUGAUGGGGGAAAUGUAGAAAAUUGGAGCAGGAGAAGGCCAUUUGAUCCUUUGAGCCUGCUGCACCAUUCAUUUGAUCAUAGCUGAUCGUCCAACUCAAUGCCCUGCUCCAGCUUUCUCCCUAUACCCUUUGGUCCUGUUUUAGCCCUCAGAACUAUAUUAAGUUCGUCCUGAAAAGAUUCAAUGUUUACACCUGAACCACUUUCUGGAGCAGGGAAUCCAUAUGCUCACUGCUCUCUGGGUGUAGACAUUUCUCUUCAUCUGAUCCUAAAUGGCCUAUCCCAUAUCCUUAGCCUGUGACCCCUGGUCAUCACCUACUAAAGCCCAGUUAAGCACCUAUGUGCAGUUUAAAUACAUGGGCCUUCCCUAGAGGAGGCAACACAGGACUGUUUUUGGCUCUGCAGCAGAUGAAGGAGACGCUAUCACCUCAUUGAAUACACCUGCAAACUGAGUGACAAGCCUUGGGAUCCAUAAUCAAUGUUAUAGAAAAUAGAAAAAUGCUGUGAAAGAUCAUAGUUGUAGAUUCUAUUUCAGUAUUUCUGUUUUUGAUAGCAUGUUAUCUAACUGUUGUUGUGUGCCUUUGUUUAACUAAAAGUAUGACCUGUUUCUCCAUAUUUAAUUUUAAAAU